AUGGAAAAGGCCCUUCAACAGCGGGCCAGGCAAAACAACCGCGACGCCGUGAUUUCAAGGGAGCUCUCUGCCGUGACCCUCUGUAACGACGUUGGUGCCUUGCGAGAACUCAUCAGGGCUGUCGUCAAGGAGGAACUGCAGAAGAUGCAGACGACCACGGCCCCUGAACUCAAGUUUCUAGGCCACGUGGUCAGCUCCCAAGGAGUACGACCAGACCCAGAAAAACUCACUGCCAUUGCCGAGUUUCCUCGUCCUAAAGACAAAAAGUCUGCUCAGUGGUUCCUGGGCCUCUGCGCUUACUGCCGUCGUUUCGUUCAAGGCUUCUCAAGGAUUGCUGAACCGCUCACGAGACUGACGCGACAAGAUGUGCCCUUUGCGUGGACGGAAGAGCAAGAGUAG